AUGGUCUCUGUGAGUUGCCAGGAGCUGCUACCCUCCUUAACCAGCUCUUCCCUGCUGGAGAGCUUUGCCAGCGCUCUGCAACGCAGCAUGCCGCCAUCCCUUCUGCCGGGGCACGGCAGCGAGAGGGCGUCCGGCCACCCAGAAGGCUCUGGCCAUCUCCUCGCAGGCAGCACCAGCCACUCCGAAGGCAUCCCGCUCCCCCUGUCCGGUGCAAAGGAGGAAGACGCAAAACCCCAAGUCACCGUCUGCGAGGCUCACCUCAGGCUGCCUGACUUCUGCAGCAGCCUCUCCCAGGACUUCAUUCCCACCCUGGAGGAGAUUGAGGAGUUCCUAAGGGAGAAGGCCGAGUUCCUCAAAGACGAAGCAAGCGAGCUUCGCCCAGCUGGAGGGAAGGUCGAGAUCAGAUCUGAGAUCAGCUUAGGUAGCUCUGGGGGACAGCCUGUCUCCAGUGGGGUUCAAGAAGAUGUCUCAAACGCUGCUCAGCCUGGAGGGACAGCCGAUGGUAGUGACCAGGCAGUAGCCACUGGGAGCAUUCCUGUUGUCCUCCAGAUCCAGCCUCUCCAGAUGGACAGUGGCAGCCCGCUAGCACAGGGUGCUACAGGUGGUGUCAGGGUGGCCCAGCUGGUUAUCAGCUUGCAGGGCCCAAACCUGUCCCUCCUCCCUCCGGUCCAGCCCCCUGUGACCAUCAUGGACCAAAAGUAUGUCAAAAUUGCCCCCCUGCCAGUCGCCAUGAGGCCAGGGGCGCCGGGGGAUUUGCAAGAGCUGGAGGCAACCCCCAAGUAUCAGAAAGCCGCCCCUUCCCUCGUCCGCGUCCAUAAGUGCUCGCACCCGGGCUGCGGCAAGAUGUACACCAAGAGUUCCCACCUCAAGGCUCACUUCCGUCGGCACACCGGCGAGAAACCCUACACUUGUGCUUGGCCCAACUGUGGCUGGCGGUUUUCCCGGUCGGAUGAGCUCUCCCGUCACAAGCGCUCCCACUCUGGUGUCAAGCCGUACCAGUGUGCCGCCUGCGAGAAGAAGUUUGCCCGCAGUGACCAUUUAGCCAAACACGUGAAGAUCCACCGGGGCCAGCCGUACGGCCAGCGGACACUUCAGGGCGGCAGCAGAAGUUAA